AUGGUUGUAUGGCUUUCCUCGGCGGCAUAUGCAGAGCAGGGAACAGCCACUUUUUACACGCCUCCUUACGUUCCCUCCUCAUGCAACGGGUAUCAAAACGAUGGUGUGCUGAUUGCUGCAGCAAGCGCUCCCAUUUUUAACAAUAAAGCUGCUUGUGGAAGAAGCUACAGAGUAACAUGCACCGGCGCUACUAACCAAGGUGUGCCACAACCUUGCAAGGGUACCAGCGUUGUGGUUAAAAUUGUGGAUCUCUGUCCUUCUCCUGGAUGCCAAGCAACCCUCGAUCUCUCUCAGGAAGCCUUUGCCACCAUUGCUAACCCCGACGCCGGCAAGAUCACGAUUGAGUAUAAUCAGAAUGGAUGCCAUCAUAAUGGCAUCACACAUGUUACUUAUGCAAUAUCUCAUAACACAAGUGCUCUAGGCCACACAAGCAAAAAUGCAAAGGAUUUGUGGAGAAUGAACACAUAUAAGAUAAAUUUGAAGAAACAAAGAAUACAAUUAGAUUAA